AUGAGCUCACAAACGGGUACCGGCGCGCCGGCGCAGGCUCAGCCUCAUGCUCGAACCAAGAAGAACUCGAUCGGCAGCUGGUUUUCGAAGAAGUUUGGACGAAGGGCCAGCGACGCUGCAAACGGCUCAAAUGAUGUUGCGCUCAACGGUCAGUCACGCGCAGGUGGUACGGUUCCUGCAAGGAAGAACCCGCCGAAGGAAGAUGGUCAGAGCAGGACAGCGACGCUGCCUACUAUCAGCGGCGGAGCGCAGCGCGCGACUGCGGCAGGUCAGCAACCGCAGUUUGCUUCGGCCUUCGCCUCCGACUCAGCACAAGGUCUCGCGAAUACUCUGGGAGUACCUGGCAGAGAAGGUCCAGCUCACGGUCGUUUGACACCUCCACCUCAGCUCGACGGUAUACCCACCCAGGAACCACUCGGCGCCAUCGAUCUGCCCCGCUCACCUCGUCCAGACCCCGACGUGGCUCUGACGGAGCCGGCGUCCGGUACCCUCUCACCCAGCACUAUCACCAAUCAGAAGGCGCUCGAUCCUCCCAUUGCAGGCCCUAUCGAGCAGGCUGCACAGCCGAGCGUGAGCCAGGACCAGAACACUGGUCAGAUCUCCGGAGCAGCCCCUGCCAUUCCCUCUGCAAUCAUCUCUGGCCGAGCAGCGACGAACACCAGGAUCGAACCCGAUACGGACAACGACAGCAGCAUUGCGGCUCGCGACUCGAUCGGAAAUCGCACCAUUGACACUUCCAAGAGCCGCGCUAGCACCAAGCCCACCACUCUCAUGAGUCUCGACACUCGAGAGCCUGCAGUUCUACCGACCACUCACAUCGCCCAGCCACGUCAGAACAGCGGUGACGAUUCUUUCGGCGCUUCUCAGCGUCACAGCACCGGUCCUCGUGACGGCUCUGCAAUUCAGUUCGUACCGGACAGCGGCUACAGCAGCACCACUGGACAGAUCAGCAACGCUUCUGGCACUACGGCCGAAGGCGCGACUGCCUUCAUCAGUGUUCCCACUCACUCGAGGCCGCAUCCCAACAACAACCCACACCCAUCCGCGAUCCCCGCAGACAAUGCAAGCAUCUUAACGCUCGCCUCGUCUUCUGCCGGAAUAAGCCUUGGCGGAGCCAGCCGAAGUUACCAUCACGCGCCCAGUAUGGGUGGAGCUAGGAGCAUCGGUGGCAGUCUGAUGGGCGAUCGCCGCAACAGCAGCGACACAUCUGCUUCGCUCAAGGCGCUUCCUCCGCUCAGCCGACGUGGAAGCGAUUCUUCGUCUCGCACCCGUGAUUCGAUCCCUGCAAGUUCGACGGGUCAGAACUCGCACCAGGCCAUGUACGCCUCAGGUGCAUUUGCCGGACCUGGAGCUCCAUCCGAUCGCGUGAGCCUGCACCGGACACCGUCGCAAAAGACUGUCGCCACGCAGCUCUCGGUGCCACUCUCAGCCUCAGCGUCCAACCCAGCACUUCAAGCUUACGCCAAGAGUGAACAUACCGCCAACGGAAGUCAGCUGCAUCUUCCUGGUUCUCAGGCUUCUCAUGUUACAACCGAGCCCGAAGCUGGCGGGGUUUUGGCAGCCUCCGAAACAGGCCACUCCUUGCAGAGCUCGGAAAGGGCGCUCGAGCCGUCGGCAAGCGCGGACCUGGUGAAUUCGGAAUUGACCGCGCAAGCAGCGGAUGCUUCAGACGAGCUGCUCAAGACUCAGGCGGGCCAUCUUGCGGCUACUGAGCACGACGAGGCGCUGCGUGCAGCCGCUGGGCAGCACGCCGGCGAGGGUGGAGGGAUUCUGGACGUAGUUGGCCCGGUCAAGAAGGAGGAGCCUUUUGAUGUGCCCGGUGGUCCGCCUGUUGCGUAG